GGUCUAUGCCACUGUGCCUGUGACUUCACUCAGCACACCAUGGUGGCUCUGCAUGGCCCAACACUUUAUUUCUCAACAGCACUGUGCUGCAUACUUUUUCAUGGAAUUGCAGCUUUGUGUGGCCCAGGACAGAAAAGUAUACGUGGCUCGGGGCACUGUGAGCGCUGUCCUGAAGGGAGGUUCCAGGAAAAGAACGCUGAUGUGGAUGUCUGUCAAUCCUGUUUAGAAUGUGAAGUGCAAAAAUGGAGUAUUCAAAUUAAGGCAUGUACAUCGGUUUCUAAUACACAGUGUAAAUGCACUGAAGGGUUUCAAUGUUCAGGGCCAGAGUGUGAGGAAUGCUACUGUGACAUGGGCAGUGGCCAGGAGAAUAAUGCAUGCCAGCCCUGUCCAGAUGGAUAUUAUACAAACAACCUGAACAUGAAAUGUAAAAAAUGGACCAACUGUUCAGAACUUGGGGUGAAAACAAAUGGGUCGAAAACUAGUGAUGUGGUCUGCCAUGAGGCUUCUCGUACUAUUAUACCAGCGAGAACUACCUCAACAACCAGGGCUUCAACCCCAGCAGUGACUAAACCAGCACAAUUCUCCAUUCAUACUGUUGUUACCAGAGGAACCACCAUACAUAUGCCUGCAGAUGACUCAAAUGUUCUGUUUGUUGGUUUAUUUAUAGUCGGCAUGUUUCUGGUGUUUGCCCCAGUUGUUGCAUUUUCCAGACUGGUCAGGCCUUUCAUUAUCAAUAGGAAUAAACCUAUGGAAAAGACGGCACGAGACAACAGCUGCCGGAUCCCAAUUCAGGAGGAAGAUGAGAAAAGCAAUUCUACAAUAGUUAAAAACUAAUCCUCGGAAAAAUAAGAUGUCUUUUUUUUUUGUUUGUUUUUGCUUUUCUUUUGAUACCAAAUGUUUAACCUCAGGCUUGCGGUCAAACUUUAACAUGUGCAUUUUGCUAUUGCAAAAAACAAACAAACAAAAAAAAAACUUAACAUUUGUAAUACAAAUAUUAAAUGAUUGUAUCUUGCCAAAUUUGCGAUAGAUACAACUUGAAAACAAUAUAUGAGUUUGCUCAUAUGAAACUCCUUAAGUAGACCCUAUAAAACAGUAUAUAUAAUGGCUGCACACUCAACUUUGAGCAAGACUCUUCCUCUUGCUUUAUGACCUAUAUUCCUUGUUUUAAAGGCAUUGAAGGACAUUUGUGGACUUUGUGUAGGUCUCCUGGGAUUACAUUUUCUGAUUAAUACUGUGAAGUGGAUUUGUUUAUCUACAGCGAUGUACAGGAGAAGUCUAUCCUGAAGUCUAAAACAAACCUAACGAGCAAAUGAUUUAAAUCAAGCAAGAAAAUGUCUUUGGUGAGAUUCUGUUCUGUGAAUAGUGUGCAAUAUGUUUACUGUUCAAGGCCAUUUAUGUUAUGUACGAUUGUGGCAAGUGAAUAAUUAGUAAUUGAAUCCCAGCACGUGAAUUAAUUCUGUGCAACCCCGUGCUCACAUAUUACAUUUAACCAGCACGUGAAGUGAUUUGUGCUCUCCUCGUGCCUAAAUACAAAUCUACACUUUUAAAUACACGUGAAACACAGACCCGUUUAUAUCCCGUGUACCAAUCUAUACACCAACAUUUACACACGCACGCAACACACAAAUGCACACAGGGACGGGGCACAUUGCCACAACGAUAUAGAGCACAUUUAUGUACUAUCAGCGUUUCUGAUUAAUGCUAAGGGAAAGCUGGCAUAACUAAUCGCAUAGCACAGAAACAGGUACAGAUUUCUAAAGUAAAACUGUAAGAAACGAAGUCAAGCAUACAAACCCCUGAACCACACAAUCAUUUCUAGAUGGGUACACUGAAGAAGGCGCUAGCCAAAACUUUUGUAGACUUGACUUAGUUUCUCAUACUUUUACCUCAAAGCCCUGUAUUUGCAGCCUUGUUCUUUCCAGCAAGGGAACCCAACAAUGUGAAUGAGGCUCACCUUGAAUAAGCAACCACACAGCCCUAUGGUGAAAGUGUAGUUCAGUUUUCACUGUAAAAAGACACGAAAUACAUGCAUUCGUAUCAUUAGCCAGCAAUGCGUAACUUCAAGCACCGAUAACACUUUAAUUUAGUGUCUCUAACUACACUCUAAUCCCAUUGUAAAUAUAGUGUAAUUAUAAAAGCCACUGACAACAUUUUAUAUUGAGUAAUUACAGAUGCUUUGUAACUAUGCAGCCCUAUGUGUAAUUACAGAUGCUGUUGCUUUGUAACUAUGCAGCCCUAUGUGUAAUUACAGAUGCUGUUGCUUUGUAAUUAUGCAGCCCUAUGUGUAAUUACAGAUGCUGCUACUUUGUAACUAUGCAGCCCUAUGUGUAAUUACUGUUAUUAAAGUAUAAUUACUGUGUAGUUCCAGCUCUUAAAGAAACUAAUAUUACUUAAAGUAAAGACAUUUUGUAAAAAAAAAAAAAAAAGUGAGGAUUUUGUUUUUCAAUCAGGUUUUAAAAAUAAAUGUGUUAGUAUUUACUAGUAUUGCUAAAAUCAUAUUACUUAUGACUUAUUUCUAAAGUUGUAUUGCUCACAUUUGUGGAGCACUUUUCGCAGUGUAAUGUUCUAUAUUACAAUCUUUUUUCUGAUGCAUCUACAGCACGUGUUAGAAUGCUUUCAGUUGGGGUGUUUUUAGCAUGGGGUUUUGACUUCCAUACUCCUCACUCUAAAAUGUUGAACCCAACAGUAAUGUAAUCUUUACAUAUUACCUUUUGAGUAUUUAUAAAUCACUCAUCAAAUAAAUAAAUAUAUACAACAUAAUUUAUGUCAAGCUUCUGUAAACUGUUUAUGAACUAUUUAGAACUACCAGGAGGUUAGGGAAAUAAUUGUGUUUUGAAAAUUGGCUUUUUAUUUCCUGGCAUUUCACUGGCUAAUACCCUUGGCAGGGCGGUACGUUGACUUUCAAUAGAUGACCAGAAAAUAAAAAGUACCGGCAUAAGUGCCUUUUCACCUGGACAGAUAUCCUCGAGCCACCUAAUGUUCUUGUUUUAAACCAAAAAACUUGUUUCUGUCUUUUUUUUUUGUAAUAGUUGCCCAUUUUCUAAGCGCAAAAAGUCCCUCCAGGGUGGGUGGUAUGGGGAAAUACCGGACCUUCCAGGCGCUAUAAGGGCAAUACUGCCCACCCUGAAGGGUCUUAUUGCUUACAUAUAUUAUAUAGAAAAUGUUAACACAUUUGCACUGAGUGUUUUAAAAUGUCUUUAAAUUGCUUCCCAUUAAGGUAGUUUUACCUGCUUCCUCACAAAUUGAAACGUUUGAUUUCUGAUUGACUGUUUUAAAGGAAUCCUGCAAAAGUCUAGAACACUAUAAUAAAUAUCAAACUUUAAAAAAAAAAAAAAAAAAAAAAAAACUAAAAGUACAUUUUCAUAGCUUAGUUUUUUUUUUUUUACAUGAUGUUUUCCAGGAAGCUGUUUAUUCAAACUACACAAAAGCUUUUGGUUUAGAGAUAAGAUUCACGGAAAGCUACAGCACAAUUUGGAAAAAAAAAAAAAAAACAUUAUCAGCAAUUCAAUCUUAAUUAUUGUAUUUACAAUAACUUUGUAUGUAUAUAA